GCCUCUCAGUCUCAUUGCACGGCUGAAAGUGAUCUGUGUUGGAGCGUCCGGUCAGCGCGCGCUCCCGUUGCUGCUGCCGCCGCCGCCGCCGCCUCCGCGCGCUCACACGUACGGCGCUGCCGUCACCGACCACGGGCUGAGGGCACGCGCGCGGGGCCGCGCUCUGCUCCCGUUACCGCGCGCGGGCGGAGAAGAUCAAAGAGGAUCAAAGAAGAGGACAGUCGGGAAGAUCAAAGGGAUUUACUCUGUGGGAUCGUACCUCUGUGUCCCGGUUCUCCGGUGGAUGCGCGUUACCGGGACCGUGCCCCCCCGCACCGUCUCCGCGCUCGGAUCUGAUCGGUACCGGUUACUGGAGCUAAGUUCCGCCGGCAUGCUGCUGCGCGUGGCGCUCGUGCUGUGCGCGCUGGCCGGUUCGGCGCGUGGGGACAGCCGGCAGCCCCGGAGCUGCGCGGACCUCCGGCAGUUCUACAGCGGGAACGGGUUCUCCCUGAGCGGCGUCCCGCAGGCAGAGAUAUCCGGUGAGCACCUGCGAGUAUGUCCACAGGGCUACACCUGUUGUACGAGCCAAAUGGAGGAGAACCUGUCCAACCUGAGCAGUAGGGAGUUUGGGGAGCAGGUGAAGGAAUCGGGACGGACCCUGCAGGCCUCGCUCAACAGCCAGUACAAGAGCUUCGAUGGAUAUUUCCGGGAGCUGCUGAACCGAUCCGAGGCGUCUCUCCAGGACUCCUUCCAGACGGGGUUCGGAUCCCUCUACUCCCAAAACUCCAGAAUCUUCCAGGAGCUUUACUCCAACCUGCGGCACUACUACCGCGGCUCCAACCUCAACCUGGAGGAGGCGCUGAAUGAGUUCUGGGGGGUUCUGCUGGAGCGGCUGCUGCGGGUCUUUAACUCUCAGUUCAGCUUCGGGGAGGACUACCUGGAGUGCGUCUCCAAGCAGUCGGAGACGCUGCGUCCGUUCGGAGAGACGCCGCGGGACUUCAAGCUGAAGGUCACCAGAACCUUCGUAGCCGCCCGGUCCUUCGUCCAGGGGCUGGUGGUGGCCGGGGAGGUGGUCCGAAAAGUGUCUCAGGUUCCUCUGAGUGUGGAGUGUGUACGGGCUCUGAUGAAGUUGACGUAUUGUCCGCUCUGUAGGGGCGUGGCCUCGGCGAAGCCCUGCUCCAGCUACUGCAGGAAUGUGAUGAAGGGCUGCCUGGCCAAUCAGGCGGAUCUCGACACGGAGUGGAGGAACCUGGCAGAUACUAUGUUACAGGUAUCUGAUAAGUUGAACAGACCCUACAGUAUGGACGCUGCGGUGUUAUCUAUGCCCCGACGCAUCGCUGAAGCCGUCCUCUACAUGCAGGACAACCUAAACACCUUCAACAGCAAGGUGUUCCAGGCGUGUGGAACUCCUUCAGAGAGCUCAGACCCCGAGGAGACGGUGAAGAGAAGCCAGAACCCAGCGGAGGAAGUGGGAAGUUCUUCAGGAACACGACUGGAGAAACUGUUAUCAGACGUAUCGAGGAAGCUGAGGGAUAUGAUGCAGUACUGGGUGCAGCUCCCCGGGAGGCUGUGUGUGGAUCGAGAGGGGAAAGCUAGUGAUGAAAACAAGUGCUGGAACGGCAUGGCAGUGGACAGGUAUCUUCCAGAAGUGAUGGGAGACGGAUUGGCCAGUCAGAUCAACAACCCCGAGGUGGAGAUCGACAUCACCAAGCCAGACAUGACCAUCCGACAGCAGAUCAUGCAGCUCAAAAUAAUGACCAACCGGCUGAAGAACGCCAUCAACGGCAACGAUGUGGACUUCCAGGACACCAGCGAUGACAUCAGCGGUUCCGGAAGUGGGAUGUGCAGCGAGGUCCAGUGCGCCCGCGGCCCGCGGAUCAUGGUGCCCAGCACCAACAGACCCAGGAACUAUCCCAACCAAUCAGAGAACAAGAAGGUGGUGAAAGGCCUGGGCAGCCGGAACGCCCCCUGCAGCGCCCUCUACCUGCUGCUCGCACUGGUUACAGCACUGCUGAGGCGAUAAUAAUCCACAGGCACUUCCUUCCACCAACCGGGACUCAAUACUGGGAAUUCUGGGACUGGGAAUACUUGGACUGGGACUGGGAUUGAAGAGGGGCGGGGCUUUAAGGCGGGGAAGUAGUUAUUUACUUUGCCAAAAACAAAAAAAAAAAGUAAAAGUAAAAUGAUCAAAAACCAACAUAACAAAACUAUACAAUACAAUACAAACAAUAGCAAAAGAGUGGAAAUGGUUGAAUGGACUUUUUUCGUCACUUUAAGAACAAAUAUACUUCGAUUUCUGUUUUUUAUUCUGUCUCUUUUUGAGGAGUUCUGCGCUCCUAGAGCAGUUCUUUUUCAGAUUCUUCUUCUGCUGGUCUUACUGGUCUGGUUUUACUGGUUCUAAAGGGACGGGGGAGCUACAUUGUGUACCUACAGUACCUAAGAGUCGGUCCUUUCUAGAAUAGCUACAAUUAUAUUUGAGAUAUAUUUGGGGUUCAGCACCACGAGAACUGCACAAAAAUUUGCGUUAAUUUAUUUAUUACGUCAAAUUAAACAACACAACACAAGUGUUUAGACGCCCAGUGUGGUAUUGAUAAAGAAGAUCUUUUUUUUUUAGGUGUCGGCGUGAAAAGAAAGCGAGAGAAGAGCACCGAACGAAUGUUGGCGAGUGAACAAGACCAAUCAUAAAUAAAUAAAUAUAUGUAUAUGCUUCUUGCGAUUGCUUCCCUUUGUUCGACUGCUGUUCUCGAACUGAUGAGAUUAUUUUUACAUUUUUAUCUACGUCCUCUUGUGCAUUUGAUUAUUAGCAUUACCAUUAUUUUUCCGCCCACAGCAUCAGGUAGGCGUUGCGAAAACAGCGACGUUCCUACGAAAGAAUUACGAAGAUACCAGCAUAUCCGUCGCUCUUCACCAGGUCUUUCGUUUCGGUUGAGGUCUUCAGCAAAGCGAAGAGUUUUUAGAGAUUAGACGUUUUUACUUCAGCAGAAGAGAUUUGAAGGAUGGUUCGCUAAAAGAGAUUGAGCGUCUCAAUGGUGUCGUGUCUUUUUUAUCUGUGAUCUCUGGAAGAUCUAGAACAGAUUUAGAUUAUGCAUAGUUACACUCAUUGACAAAAAAUCAAGACAUAUAUAGCAUAAUGCUUCACAUUAAGAGACUAGAGGAAGUGUUGCAGUUUAAGUUUGGAGCAUUAUCCUGCUGAAACUUUUUAACUAGAAGUCACAGGAUGUUUUGCACGUAUCACUAAGCUGUUAGUAUCUACAGUAGUACCUCGUAUCACUACUAGGGGUAACCGACUUUCGUAUGCAAUGCUCCUGAGAUCAUCACAUGCAACCCCUUUCUUAAAGUCAUCUGGGCAAAAUGUCUUUGAGGGCCACUCAACUUGUACUCAAUUAUAUAUCUUUCUAAAAAAGAAGUGCAUACUGUUUUUCGGCAAUCCAGAAUGCAUACAUUUUUUGUCAAUGAGUGUAUAUAUAUAUGUAAAUAUAUAUGUAUGUAUGGCUGAAUGGGACUACAUAGGAACCCAAUACAACAGGUGAAAGGAGCUCUUUUGACUGGAUAAAGAAGACAGAUGAAGGUCUUUUGGAAGCGCCAUUUGGUUCAAUGAUAAAAUAAAGACAGAAUGCCCCCGUGUGGUAAUGCUGGACUUUUGUGUUUGUUUGAGGGACAUUUUUGAAUGUCUCUCUCUAGACAGAAUUAAAGACACUGUUCAGAAGGACUCUGGAACGGGUCAUUUUUGUCUAACUUUUUGGACGAUUUUGACGUUUUUUGACGUUUGACGUUUUUUACGUUUGCUAGCUGUUAACACAGUUUUACUGAUGAAAAGCACCAAAAGCUAUAGCAGUACUAAUGAGUACUAAUAGCACCCCCUUGUGGAGAAACCUGAGUCAUGCUGCUUCUCCAUCAGCAGCCGGAGUCUGAGAGAGAGAGAGAGAGAGAGAGAGAGUAGUUAGCUGAUGUAUCAGAGCUGGAGGUUCGGCGCUUUUUCUAAGCACUCCAAGUGAUUUUUCCUAGUGAUGCUGUUCUGAUUGGUUGCAGUUGGAAAAGAGGCGGAGUCUCACUUCCUCGUGUAUGGGAGGAGGCAUGUGCUCGAUAGAGGGAGUCCUAGUGAACUAGCGGUGAAUCCUGACCAGAAUUUGACCCAAAGUUGGUGUUGUGGACACGCAGUGUCGUUGAUGCAAAGCACCGGUAAUAUUUGAGUACUGGUAGCGCCCCCUUGUGGAGAAUCUUUAGCCUGCUGAACACGAGUGAGUAUGUGUGCAUGAUGUGUGUAUGAGCGAGUGAUUUAAAUAGAUGGAUGGAUGGAUGGAUGCAGCGCCCCCUGUUUGGCUAAUUUUAAAAAAGUGUGUGUUUCUGAUUUUUUUGGGAUCUGGAUUAUUCGUAAGUGUGAAUGCUUCAGAUUUAGUGCCUGAAGCAGAAUUCCCUUGAAUGUGUGGACAACAAAUGUGCAUAUGAGUACACUGACAUGCCAAAAGUAAUGGGACAGCAGUAUGUAAAUCGUUAAUUAAGAGACUUCUUCUAUUUCUGAAUCAGUUUCUCUGAUUUUAUAGGUAUUACUAUUUAUAGGUUUAUGUUUGAGUAAAAUGAACAUUGUUGUUUUAUUCUAUAAACUACAGACAACAUUUCUCCCAAAUUACAAAUAAAAAUAUUCUCAUUUAGAGCAUUUAUUUACAGAAAAUGAGAAAUGACUGAAAUAACAAAAAAGACGCAGAGCUUUCAGACAUCAAAUAAUGCAAAGAAAACAAGUUCAUAAGAGUUCAGAAAUUAAUAUUUGGUGGAAUACUCCUGGUUUUUAAUCACAGUUUUUAUUCAUGCAUCUUGGCAUCAUGUUCUCCUCCACCAGUCUUACACACUGCUUUUGGAUAACUUUAUGCUGCUUUACUCCUGGUGCAAAAAACCUUGAUUAUAUUCCAGAGGUUUUCAAUUUGGUAAAAUCAAAGAAACUCAUCAUUUUUAAGUGCUCUCUUAUUUUUUUCAGAGCUGUAUGUUGUUUAGGCUGUGAGGUGUUAUCUUGUUAUCUCGUGAGUGAAGUUGAGUUCAGUAAAUGACAGUCAGCUAUAGGGGGCAGUGUAGGCACUUCUGCAGUUCAUUAUUAUUAUUAUCUAUUGUCCUUCUGGACACAUUCCAAGAAAAUACAUAUAUUUAAAAAAAUGCAAAAUUAAUCCUCGAUAAAAUCGAAUCAAAUAAAAUCCAUGAUAUCUCAUAUUAUCUCUAAACUUUUGUGAUUUUCCAGCUUCCUUAUGAUACUUAUGAUGAUCCUGCUGUAUUUCUUUUUUUCGUUUUUUUUUUUUGUCCUACAUAAUCAGUCCCUCGUUCUUUUUCUUGUCUUUUUUUGUCCUUUUUUGUUCUUUUUAUUUCCUUUUGUUUGAAAAUGCUGCACUUUUUUCGACCAAUGGUGGACAAUAGCACCGCAUUGGCGGCACCAGCACAACCUGAUCGUUAUUUGCUAGCUUGAUGCUAACGGUCGUAGCAGUGCAUAGCAGUAGCCUGUUGGGAUCAGAUGUGUGUAUAUAGUGUGCUGUGUUCACUAAUCUCUCGAUAAAUUGGUGAUUUUUUUCCCAAAAGAGAGACUGAAUUGUAGAUUGAAGCGUAUACUGCAUUUCAUUUACUUCGAAAAACUCGAGUUAAUGGGUUUCUGGUUAUAUAAAUACAAUAUUAUAACUCCAAAACAGUGUAUAAUCAUGUCCACAUGUAGAAUUCGGGCAGGACUGUGGGUACUCCCGAUUUCCAUCUUGGAUUCUAAACUCUUAGAGUUGGUGAGACUCUCUAAAAUAUACUAAGAAAAUUCUACUGAAGAUUAAAACUGAAGGUCCAUACAAAGAGUAUAGCAUGGUGCAGCAGCAGCAGAGACAGCAUUAGCUAAUAGCUGCGGUAAUAAUCUGGGUAAUAAAUCAGGUUAAACUGCACCUGAACAGCCGUUUAACUCAAACCUGAUUUCUUUUUUAAUAUUUGAUAGUCAGGUCAGAGUUGGUUAGGUUGGUUGGGUUUUACAAUUUGUUAUACAAUAUUAUAUAACUUAAAAACAGCGUAUAAUCACGUCUACAGGUAGAAUUCAGGCAGGACUGUUGGUACGACUGACUUACAAAGAGCUUAAUUGAUAGAAUUGAUGAUAAACUCUAUAAUAACUGCUCUAUAAUAACUCUCGCCGCCAUCUUGGAUUGUGAACUCUGAGAGUUUUUGGGACUCUCUCAACUUUCCAAGUAGGACUUUUUGUUGGUUCUCACUAAAAUUUCCCACUUGCAACUAGAAAAUUUCGACAUCCAACUUUUCAAAUGGAUUGCUCCAUUAGCAUUAGCAUCUCUGAGUGAAUUCUGGGUAAAAUGCCUUGUAGAAGAACUGCAGUAAGGAAAUGCGUGUGCUACAAUGCUAUGAUGGUUUUGAGUGAGUUGAUUUGAUGAUUAAAUCAAAUUUUCAAAUUGAAUUUAACAUUUUAAAUAAAUGACAUUAAUCAACCUCCUGAUGCUAGCAUGCUAGCUUAAGCCUAGCCUGAUGCUAGCACGCUAGCUAAUAACUCGCUAAUUGUUCUGAAUUAGCCAAACUCACGUCCCAGGGACCCUAAAGCACCACUUUUAUUGCUGAAUUUCGGGGGAAUAGUUGAAUUUUGACGAUUUUAAAAGGAAGAAAAAGAUUCUGAUAUACGCUUUAUUCAUUUUUCAUUUCAUUUCCGGGGUUUUCUGUUUUUUUUUUUGUUUUGUUUUGUUUUCCAGUAAAACACAGAUAGACAGCUUGUGUCCAUGGAUAGAGUGUGAAAAAGCUUCAAAGGAGCUUGACGAAAAAUUUUGUGUCAAAAAAUUUGCUGUUGUAAAAAAAAAGAUUCUUGUGUCAAUUAUAUACAUCAUCCUAUUUUCAAGA